GUACCUUACUAGAAAGAGGCGAUUGGGUCAGAUUGUAAGUGGCGCAUUCGUUCACCGGUAUUCGUCUCCACAUCCUGGUCCAUUUGUGCUGCUACCAUUGGCGGAACCCCAAACCGAGCAGGAUGGAUACGAGCCGAGGGAAAUCGGCACCAGCAGUCAUUCUUCGUCUUGUUGGAUGCGUGUAGUCGAAGAACUACAUAAGACCACUAGCUUCAUGCUGGCUCUGGCAAAUUGUCUGUCAAUCUGUACCUACUUCUUGGCCCCCACUGUUCAUCAUGGCUGCGGUUAUACCCACUCCGACCUUUGCGCCUACGGGAGUGUACGUACCACCUCCUUCACACUCAGUCACCCACUUCACACCUGCGCCUUCGUGCUCUCCCGAAAGACUAAGGCUUGUAUCCACCCAGCUAUGCGACAUUGUUACAACAUCACAGACUCUGUUCGGCCAGCCAUUGCCGCCCUGGGCUGAAUGCGCACUGACGCUGGCUGGCGACCCGCAUGGAAUGUUCUACCAAAACCCUGACUGCUACCCAUCAAACCUUUCUGCUGAUGAUGGCACCCACGUUUUCAUCUCUGAAUGUCCAGUUGGGUACACGACGGUGUGGGAAAGUCAGGGCAGGGAUUACUUGUACGACACGUCGACGAUCACCCAAGGAGGCACGACCACUACCUCGGUUGAGUACAGAGAUAUCGUAGCACAUUCUGCUGUCUGCUGUCCUGAUAAUGCACUCGGAGGCUUCCACUACAACUGGGAUUCGGAACCCGAUUACAUCGAUUACAUCCAAACUACCGAUCCAGAUGGCAAUCCCAAGUCGGUCAGCCUCUACGUACCGCCACGAUGCGUUGCAACCUCAGUUUGCGCUGUGCCCGCCACCGUUACCAUGGAUGUGGUUUUCAACGACUUUGUUUCCGAUAAGAAGCGCCGCAGACAAGACGUUCUACCCCGUGACAUCAUCCCAGUCGGCGUCGUUACGCGCCCAUGGGAUGUAGAAAAGAACGUCGUCUUUGCUCACUCAGUCGAUUUUAGCUACACUGUCUUCCAUGGGACGUACACGUGCUUCGAGAACUGCUACGACUACGCCAGCUCCUCGUACCACAACACGGAUCCAAAUUCGCCUCCAUCGUCAGUUGGACCAGAUCGCCUCCAGACUACGACCAACAUCAAGCCGGAACAAACCCAAUGCUCAGCUUCGCCUACUGACUCAAGCCCGUCUGAGACCAGCCCUCCCGACUCGCCGCCAGCCGGAACAGGUGGCGCGGGGUACAGCACUCCCAGCACGGGCCAUGGAUACAACGCUACGCAUAUAGGUGGUGGCUACUCUGCUGCCCCUAGCCACCCAAGUGGCGGUUAUGAUACCAGCCCCGGUGAAACUGAGAGUAGCUACGAGGCCGGCCCCAGUGAAACUGAAAUCCCACACUACUCGCCCGAGCCCACUAUUAUCGAGACCGUAGUCAUCACAACUCAUAGCGUUGGUGGAGGCGCUGGAUGGAAUGCCACCGCAACGGGUCCAGGCUAUACGACGCCCGAGGGAACAGGAGAGCCUACAUCUAGCACACCUGAAGAGAGUGAGACCAGUGCGCCGUCGCCGUCGGCGCCGCAGUUCCCGGGUGCGGCCACCAAGGAGGGAAUUUCGUCGGUGUGGGCGUCAUUGCUCGUUGCGAUUGCUGCGUUUAUGUAGAGAUAUGGUAUCGGACGUUCCAUUAGAUGCAGUAAUAAUGAAGAAUGACAAUGCUAUGAAGGACGUAUGUCUACCA